AUGUCAGAAAGAGUAUCCAUUAGAGAUGUUGAGAACAAAAAGUUGAAGCGUAAGAUUGAGGAGGAGCCACCCACCUUGGCCAUGGAGGACUCAAAUCUGUUUCUGAAUCAACUCAGCUGUAAGUUCUGCAACAAGAAGUUCCGCAAUUCUCAAGCCCUAGGAGGGCACCAAAAUGCUCACAAGCGUGAGCGACUCCUUUUAAAUAUUGAGAAAGAGCUUGAAAUGAAGGCUCUUGAAAAUGUUCCACUUUAUUCACCUCCAACGUAUCUUCCAUUUCAAGGGACACCCUUGUAUCAUGGUGCUCUCAUGCACCCCAUGAAGCACAUGCCUAACAUGUCUUUCACUCUUGCACAACCUAGCUAUGACAUUAACCAAGGGUUUCCCCUCGCGCCACAUUUUUUUGGAAUGACAAGCACUUCAGGUGGAGGUGAUGCAACAUUUCCAACGAUAUUGAACACUGAAAUUGAGGGGUAUUUUUACCAGAUUCCUUCACUUGUUGAGAGUGCAACUACAAGUCUGGUUGGUGGUUCUUUAUCUUCUCGUGUUUGUGUUGAUGGUCUUACUCUUCAGGGAAGUCCAAGUGUCACAACUAAUGACUCAUCUUCAUCCGAUCUGGACUUGUCUCUCAAACUUUGA